AUGAUGAGUGGCGAUUCUGCAAAUUACAAUGUCGGAUACCCAAUAUACGGUGCUAAAUUUAUCAAUGAAGACACGCUAUUGGUAGCUGGUGGGGGUGGUCAGUACAAUCCCUCAUUUUCGAACAAAAUCACAGCGCUAAAGGUAAAUUUCCAGAAAAAAAAACACAUAAGAAGAUUCCGUGAGAUCACGUUAGAUUCGAUUGAUGACGCACCAACUUCAUUGGAUUGUAACAACAAUCUGAUCUUGGUUGGUUGUAACGAGUUAUUUAAUGAACCUUCCCUGGCUAACGUCAAUCAUCACUUGAGGAAGUUCGUGUUUGAACGAGAACAUUUGAAGUUUGUCGCUAGUAUUGAUUUCAACAGAACUACGGAGCCAUCCGUCUUCAGCAAGUUUAUUUAUAUAAAUCAGAUGGCUACUGUGGCAGCGAUUGCAUCGUCUGAAGUGCCCACAGUGAUUAGAAUCAUUGAUCCCAGAAAUUUGACCGAAAAUUACGAGAUCGAAACGGGCAAGGAAGUCAACGAUUUGCACUUCGCGCCCAACGGUAUUCUACUGUCGUAUGUUACUUCUAACUCUUUGGAAGUGGCAUCCGUCAGGGACGGGAAAUUUGUGGCAAGGAAAAUCGACUUCGACAAAAAUCUUAUUCUUUCUAACAUCAGAUUUCUCAACGAUAAUACGAUUUUGGUUGCCGCAUCACUAUUGAAUUCUGAUGGGGUCUCCUUGUUAAAACUGGGUGUAAGCUCUAAGGGCGUCAAGAUCUUAAAGACUGCAUCUUUCAUGUUUGAUUUGAAUGGGAUAACGUCGAUGGAUGUCUCCCCGAAUAAAGAAUUUGUUGCGUUAUCGUCUAAGGAUAAAUCAAUUGCUAUUAUUAGUGUUCAGAAGCUGAAGCUAGUGCAAUUAGUGCCAAGAGUACAUGAAUCUACUAUUACGAGAGUCACUUUUUCUCCAGACUCUAAAUAUCUGGCAAGUACUUCCAUUGGUAACACGAUCAAUGUGCUUAAACUUUCCAGUAAAUCGUCAUCAUUUUUACGCAAGGUUUGGAAGUUUUUCGUCAAUUUUAUUCUAUUGGUCUUUUUGGCUGGUGCUAUUCAACUAGGCUACAAAUAUAACGCGCACGGCCUUAUUUACAGAUAUGCUCGCGAUAUGUAUAAGUCCAAGUUUGAACAGAGCUCCCCUUUAGAUCCAGAAACAUCUCAUUACUUCACUAUUAACGAUGGCACCAAAGAUAUCACCAUAACCGCAGAUAUAGUCAGUGUCACUCAUUUAACAAGCGAUAUUGACACCGAACUCUCCUCAUUUGACACUAGCACUAUGAAAACAGUCGUAGGAGAUGAAGAAAGCUCUGUUUGGGUAUCAUCAUCAAUCAUUUCAUCUUCACCUUCUCUUUCUUCCUUUUCUAAAGCUUCUGAAUCUGUUGCCAAAGAACUCCCCAUCUCCUCUUCUUCAUUCGUGCACGAAAGCGCCGCUAAUGAGCCGAUUUUAUCCUCAUCCACUUCUGAGGUUACCAAAUCAAUAAGUUCAUCAUCAGAAUCAAUCAUUAGUGAAACAAGUGUCACCCCAUCAAAGGCAGAGUCGACAUCAUUAUCUUUGGCGACUAGUACAGAAUCUCCCCAAUCCGCGAUCUCUUUAAGUGAGCAAACUUCCUCGACUGUAGUGGAACAAUCGGAGAAUCAAGCAACAAAACUUAGGGAUAACGAAUCGAGGGCUGUAAGCAGUGUAUCAUCAUCAUCUUCAAUAAUAAUUGCCACUGUUACAUCACCAUCAUCCACUAGUGCCAGAACUGCAGUCACUACUACGAAUGCAGAUUCAAUCAAUGAUUCAGGCAAGUUAACUUCCAUGGACAACUCGAAGUUUGCAUCCACAAGAGAAAUCUACAGAACAAAAGUAAUUACAGAAGUCAUCACAAAAAUUGAGUAUAGAAAUAUACCAGCAUCUAGUUCAGAGACAACAACUAGGCAGUAUGGUAGCACAAUUUCCUCGAGGUCGCCCACACCAACAAACACAAUUGUUUCCGGGCCAGUGACUAAAAUCGAUCCCAUAGCAUCAGAAUUAGAGGGCAUGGCUGAAACGCCUGUGGAUCCCACGUCCGUGAGAUCAGAAAUUGAGCCUGUAAAAUCUAGCUUGACUCCAACUACCUCAUUAAUACCAGCAUCUGAGAGCUUCACUUCUAGCUUUCAAUCACCGGAAGUACCAACUGCAACUUCUUCUGCCUUUGUCUUUGAACCAACUCCGUUAUCUCCCGUCCUAACUGUUUCGAAUAAUCAUUCUGUCUCUGAAUCUAUCUCAUCAGUUAUCGAGGAGGCUACAGCUAGUUCAUCCCUAGAAACAGGAACAGAGGCCGCCACAACUACUAAGAAUUCCGGGUAUACCAGUGAUGUGGCUGAAAUGAUACAAUCGCUCGGAACAGAUUCUGUUCUGCCUUCCGCGUCGAAAACCACAAAUAUCGGAGAUAUUCCUUCCCCAUCCGCAGCUUUGAGCAGCGUUAGUGUUAAUUCGAUUAUUGUACAGUCGUUCGAUAAAACCACGUCGUUACCUGUGAAGGCUGACCCAACUAUUGUAUCUCAUAUGACAGCAUAUACCAGUUUAGCGUUGUCAUCCUUAAGAGAUUCGCAUGGAACAGCUGCGAAUUCAGCCGCUUCGCCAGAAUUUGUGCAAAAAGAAAUAGUGAUAGAGGUAAAGCCCACGAAAAGUUUACCUGGAACAACUGACACGUUUGAUAAUUUAUUGAGUGCCAGCAUAAAGAAAGAAGAUACGUUUACGGAAACGCAUACUUCUAAUUAUGAAGAAGUCACCGAUAGCGCUUCGUCGUAUGGUGAAGUAGCUUCUUCAUUUAACGUACAAACUUCCACUUUUGCUGAUGUAAAGAUUCCCUCAGAACCAACUACAAAACCUUUGGGUAGCAAUCCGGAUUCAGACAUCGUUCACGGUGGCAAUGAAGCAGUUGAUACGAUAAAUGACGUUGAUCUUCAUGAUGAAUUGUAA